UGAGCAUAAUGAAGCCUGACUCCUUUACACAGGUGAGCUUUCACCCAGAGACCAUGACGACACAGUGAACGGCUGAAAUCAUGAAGGUUACAGACAGAAACGUGAUCCAGUUUCACCUUCAAGUCCUCUACGGGAUUUCUGUGAAGAACCUCGAGAAGAAAAGGGAGAGACUGCUCAUCAUCACCGGUUCAAAGGUCUUCGGAGUUCCUCUGGAAAACCUACCCAGGCGAUACAUACCUGAGUUUGGCCUCGUACCGUGCUUUUUAGUGGAUGCAUGUUCGUUUCUGCUGGAGCGUGUUGCGACUGUAGGCCUGUUCAGGAAGCCGGGCUCUCUACCUCGCGUCAGGACCCUCAGGGCCAAGCUGAACCGCGGAGAGGCAUGUCUGUCCACAGCCCUCUCCUACGACGUGGCCACUCUCGUCAAGCAGUUUUGCCGGGAGCUGCCGGAGCCGCUGCUUCCCCACGAGAUCCACGCAGCUCUGCUCAAGGCCCAGACCCUGUCCAAGCUGCAGGACAGGAUGGCAGCCCUCCAGCUGCUGUCCUGCCUGCUGCCUGCCAGGAACUCCUCCUGUCUACAUUACCUGUUUGACUUCCUCGCCAAAGUUUCCCAGAGAUGCUCUGAGAACUUGAUGACCGGCUCCAACCUCGCCACAGUCUUCGCUCCGUGUCUUUUGCCGCCUCCAAACAAAGCAGAAAUGUCUGAAGGACGACUUGAACUCAGAGUUCUUGUCCUGCGCACGUUCAUUGAAAAACCUCGUCUGUUUGGUGUGAUUCCUAAAGCUGUGAUGGACAGUACGGAGUAUCUCAUGAACUGCCAUUUUUUCAAAGACGUGAACUCCAAGAGAGGACAUAGAAAAAGACACACUUUCAAAGGAAUAAGAUCUGUGAAGACGGCGCCCUGGGUUCAGGCGAGGUCGAAGGUCAAGGCCUCCGAUCGGAGCCAGGAGUCCACGUCCGGAGACAGGCCGACUCUGAGGAGAAGCUUCGGUCUGGACACUUUCCCCAACAUCAGUCUGUUUAGGACCUGCAUGUCUUCUGCAGAACAAAGUUUCAAACCUGCAACAGCUUCGGUGGAUUAUUUGAAUCCCGUUGACGAAGAGUUGUGCAAGACGUCACAGGAGAGACUGAAAAGAGACCUGCAUUUGAGCAGCUUCCGGAGGAUCAGCAGAGGACAGGGAGCAGACGACUCCUCGGUGCUCGGUGCCGUGGGGAAGCUGCAGCUCACACUCGAGGACAAGAUGACAGAAAUGUGUUCGGCGGUGCGGUCGUCUCUGCUCGGCCUCCUGCUGCUGUGCCUGCAGCUCGGCGGGGCUUCAGCCCGCAGCCCCCGCACGGCGGACCAGGUGUCUGAAGCCGACAUCCAGCGCCUCCUGCACGGCGUCAUGGAGCAGCUGGGCAUCGCUCGGCCCAGGGUGGAGUACCCUGCGCAUCAAGCCACCAACAUCGUCGGGCCUCAGAGCAUACAGGGUGGUGCACAUGAGGGCCUGCAGCACCUCGGCCCUUAUGGGAACAUCCCCAACAUAGUGGCUGAGCUGACAGGCGACAACGUUCCCAAAGACUUCAGCGACGACCACGGCUACCCAGACCCUCCAAACCCUUGUCCACUCGGGAAGACGGCAGCAGACGGGUGUUUGGAGAACGCCCCCGACACGGCCGAGUUCAGCAGGGAGUUUCAGAAACAUCAGCACCUGUUUGACCCAGAGCAUGACUACCCAGCCCUGGCAAAGUGGAACAAGGAGCUUUUGUACCAAAAACUGAAGGGAGGACCCAAGAGAAGAAAAAGGAGUGUCAACCCCUAUUUAAUGGGCCAGCGGCUGGAUAAUGUGGUCGCCAAGAAAUCCGUCCCCCACUUCUCUGAGGAGGAGGAGGCAGCGCCGACCGUCUCCACGACCUAACCUCCAGCAGCGCUCACUCUGACGUUAACGUACACUCGCAGAUGAGUUCAACACUGCACAUUUAAGCAUUUUGGUUCACAAUGAAUGCAGCUGUGAUGUCAAUCCAAGUAUUUUAUCUGUUAAUUUGGCCAAUUUAUGAGGCACUGUUUGCUCUGUCCCAGACAAAAGAGAAAAGUCUGGCAUGUAUAAAGUUUUCAGUUCAAUAUUGAGCCAAAUAUUCGUUAAUAUUAAACAAAAGCACUGCAAAAACCUUAUUACAUUUUCUAAUUUUAAGACGGGAUAGUCCACGUUGUCAGAAAUUCAAACACUGAAUCCAAAAUGCUAAAAUAUACAGUGUUAAAUACUUAACUGGCAGUGUACGGUAUAUCUGCAACUGUAUGAUAAUAAUAAUAAUAAUGAGUUGUAUAAAGAUAUAUUGAUCUGGAAGAAUUUUAAAUCAGAAAGUCAUCAUUCCUAGCUGUACAGUUUACUCUCACAUAGAUAUUUGUAUGUUUCAGUAUGAAUCAUUUCUUGUAUCAGACAUUAACUCGUAGGAAGUUUUGGUUUGUCCUUUAUGGGCCCAUCAUGAACUUCUCCACCAGAGCAAGGAAAAUGUUUUUGGAGCUUCUUCUGACUAGUAUCUGUUCACUGCGCUGCGGUCACAUGAGUCUCUGCAGGCAGCAGCACCGCCGGCUCUAUCUCGGGCUACAUCGUUCUUGUCAAACGUUCUGUUUUUGUUCUGUAAAGUAAAAAAUAAACGAUUUAUCUGCAUUCACAAA